AUGUUAAAAUUUAUAAUAAGUCUGCUAACUCUGAUUGUCUCCACCAUGACACUUGUGGUGUCCUUAAUGAACAAUCAGAACAAGACCAUUGAUAUACCUCAUACGAAAGGCACAGGAGGAAGCGAGAUGGCUAUGCCGUCGGAAAGCGGAUCUGACGACAAUAACACAGGAGAAGUCCUAGACCAACAAGGGAGUAGCCUAGUGUCUAGAAGCGGUUUAAGUCCUUUUAAAAUAUCGGCCAACCAUUUCUUGAGGGGAAGACACUCAGGUUUAGCAUCUAAGGGUCCAAUUUCUGGAUUGAAAAACAGGAAUUAA